GGCGGAGUGGGUGCGGCGGGCGCGGGCGCGGACAUGAAGCGGGCGUACGAGGCGCUCGGCAUCGCGUGCCCGACGUCCGUGGCGGGCGGCAUGGGGGCGUUCCGCGCGCGGCUGCCGGCGCCCCGCCCCCCUGGCCUCACGGACGUGCUGCCCGCGCCACAGAUGCAGAUGUUCCACCAGGCGGACCUGCACCACCAGCCGAUGCCGCACCAACAGUUGAUGGGCGCGACGAACGCGCUGCAGCUGCCCGGCGGGCCGGUGACCGCCAACCCCGUGUCCGGCACCAAGGAGUGGCACCAGUCUAUCACACCUGAUCUCAGAAACCACUUGGUUCAUAAACUGGUGCAGGCCAUAUUCCCGACCCCAGACCCGACGGCGAUGCAGGACAAGCGUAUGCACAACCUGGUCGCGUACGCGAGAAAAGUCGAGGGCGACAUGUACGAGAUGGCGAGCACCCGCUCCGAGUACUACCACCUGCUCGCCGAGAAGAUAUACAAGAUACAGAAAGAGCUCGAGGAGAAGAGACAGAAGAGAAAAGAGCAGCAGCUGCAGCAGGCCCAGCAGGCGCAGCAGCAGAACCAGCUGCAGCAGAACGCGGUGGGCAUCAUGGGCGUGCGGCCCGCGGCGCCGGUGGGCGUGGGCGGCGUUGGCGUGGGCGUGGGCCGGCCCUCCCUCCCCGCGCAGACCGGCCUGCCCGGCAUGCGCAUCCCGUCGCCCGGCAUCGCCAUGCCCAACCGCAUGGCCUACACGCCCAACCUCGUCGGACCACCGGGACCCAGUCCUAAUCAGAUGCCGCAAACGCCGAACGGCGGGACGGUGAGCAUCGGCAGCGUGAGCAACCCUGGCAUGUCGCCGUUCGGACAGCCGAUGACGUCGCCGGCACCGCAGUACAUGAACAACGGUCCGCAGCCGUCGCCGGCGCCGGACAAGCGCGCCGCCGCGAGCCCCUUCAUGAGCUUCGCGGCGCCGUCGCCCGCUCCCGCGUCGCACCCGCCCACGCCGGCCACGCCCCGCCCCAUGCCGUCGCCCGCGCCCGAGCGCCCGCCCUCCGCCGCGCCCGCGCCCGCCCCACCCCCCGCGCCCGCGCUCUCCGCGCAGAUGGCGGCGCUCAGCCAGCCCGACGAUAGCCCCGACAAGGAGGAGGUGCGGGUGAAAGAGGAACCCGAGGAGGACUGCGGGGGGAAGGGCAUGCGUGACGAGCCCCCGCCCGACAAGGACCAGCCUCCGCCCCCAGAUCCAUUCAAGACGGAGAUCAAACGAGAGGUGAAAGAAGAGCCAACAGAGGAAACUCAGUCGAUCGAGCGCAUGCCCAAAGCGGCACACACGUUCAACCCCGAAGAACUCCGGGCGGCGCUCCUGCCGACCCUCGAGAAACUGUUCCGUCUCGAACCUGAGUCGCUGCCGUUCCGACAGCCCGUCGACGCCCAAGCCCUCGGGAUCCCCGACUACUUCGACAUAGUCACCAAGCCCAUAGAUCUCGGCACCAUCAAGAUGAAACUCGACCGCGGCGAGUACAAGGACCCCUGGGAAUACGUCAACGACGUGUGGCUGAUGUUUGACAACGCGUGGCUUUAUAACCGCAAGAACUCUCGCGUCUACCGGUACUGCAAUAAGCUCUCUGAGGUGUUCGAAGUGGAGAUAGAUCCGGUGAUGCAGAGUCUGGGCUACUGCUGCGGUAGAAAGUACACCUUCAACCCUCAAGUGCUGUGCUGCUACGGCAAGCAGCUCUGCACUAUACCCCGAGACGCUAAAUACUUCAGCUACCAAAACAGUCUAAAAGCAUAUGGGGUUGUGUCCGAUAGAUACACCUUCUGCCAGAAAUGCUUCAACGAUAUACAAGGGGACACCGUGACGCUGGGUGACGAUCCGCUACAACCACAGACUGAGAUCAAAAAGGAUCAAUUCAAAGAGAUGAAGAACGAUCAUCUUGAGCAAGAGCCGUUCGUUCACUGCAUGGACUGCGGACGGAAGCAACACCAGAUAUGUGUGCUGCACCACGACAACAUCUGGCCCCAGGGCUUCUGCUGUGAUAACUGUUUGAAGAAGAAGGGGGCUAAGCGGAAAGAGAACAAGUUUAGUGCUAAGAGACUGCCCACUUCUAAGCUAGGCAUUUACAUUGAGACGAGAGUCAAUAAUUUCCUUAAGAAGAAAGAAGCUGGUGUCGGUGAGGUGCACAUUAGGGUGGUCGCUUCUUCGGACAAGGUGGUCGAAGUGAAACCGGGCAUGAGAUCGAGGUUCGUCCAGUCGCGGGAGUUGAGCAGCGAGUUCCCCUACCGGGCCAAAGCAUUGUUCGCCUUCGAGGAGGUGGACGGAACUGAUGUUUGUUUCUUUGGAAUGCAUGUGCAGGAGUACGGUAGCGAAAGUCCCUCGCCGAACACGAGGCGGGUGUACAUAGCGUACUUAGACUCGGUACACUUCUUCCAACCCAAGCAAUAUAGGACGGCCGCGUACCACGAGAUUAUAUUAGGCUACUUAGAUUACGCUAAGCAACUGGGCUACACCAUGGCCCACAUCUGGGCCUGUCCCCCCUCCGAGGGCGACGACUACAUAUUCCACUGCCAUCCGCCCGACCAGAAGAUACCGAAGCCCAAACGGUUGCAGGAGUGGUACAAGAAGAUGCUAGACAAGGGCAUAAUAGAGAGGAUAAUCUUGGACUACAAAGACAUUCUCAAGCAAGCGAUGGAGGACAAUAUCUCGUCGGCGGCCGAGCUGCCUUACUUCGAGGGCGACUUCUGGCCCAACGUGCUGGAGGAGUCCAUCAAGGAGCUGGACCAGGAGGAGGAGGAGAAGCGGAAGCAGGCCGAGGCCGCGGAGGCAGUGAUCUUCCAGUCGUCCGAAGAGAACGAACAAGGGCCGGACGGGAAGAAGAAGGGACAGAAGAAGGCGAAGAAGUCGAACAAAUCCAAGGCCGCCCAGAGGAAGAACAGCAAGAAGCAGAGCGACCAGCAGCAGGGGAGCGAUCUCAGCGCGAAGAUAUUCGCGACGAUGGAGAAACACAAGGAGGUGUUCUUCGUGAUAAGGCUACAUUCCGCGCAGUCUGCCGCCAGCUUAGCGCCGAUCCAAGACCCGGACCCGCUGGUGAACUGCGACCUGAUGGACGGGCGCGACGCUUUCCUCACGAUGGCGCGCGACCGCCAUUACGAGUUCUCGUCGAUGCGGCGCGCGCGCUUCUCCACGCUGUGCAUGUUGUACGAGCUGCACAACCAGGGCACCGACAAGUUCGUGUACACGUGCAACAGCUGCAAGUCGCACGUCGAGACCCGCUACCACUGCACCGUCUGCGACGACUUCGACCUCUGUGUGCCCUGCUACGAGAAGGAGGGCCACCCCCACAAGAUGGAGAAGCUCGGCCUCGACCUCGACGUCAGCUCCUCCCCCGGCGACAUGAAGCAGGCCAACCCGCAGGAGGCUCGCAAGCUCUCCAUCCAGCGCUGCAUCCAGUCCCUGGUGCACGCGUGCCAGUGCCGCGACGCCAACUGCCGCCUGCCCUCGUGCCAGAAGAUGAAGCGCGUCGUCACCCACACCAAGGUCUGCAAGCGCAAGACGAAGGGCGACUGCCCGAUAUGCAAGCAGCUGAUCGCGCUGUGCUGCUACCACGCCAAGCACUGUACGGAGACCAAGUGCUCGGUGCCGUUCUGCAGCAGCAUCAAGCAGAAGCUGAAGCAGCAGCAGGUCCAGCAGCGCGUGCAACAGCAGCAGCUGCUGCGCCGGCGCAUGGCGGCCAUGAACACGCGCGGCGGCAUGGGCGGCGGCGCCUCACCCCCCGCGCCCGCGCUCGCCUCGCCCCCGCCCGCCAAGCCCGCCGCGCAUCCCCUACCGCAGAACGUGCAGAAAGUUUUACAGCAGGUGCACGAGGAGGCGGCGCGGCAGCAGACGGCGCCGUCGUACGGCAAGCAGGCGGCGAUGGGGCCGCCGGGCGGCGCGCGGCCGGACUGGGGCGCGCGGUUCCGCCCCCAGCCGCCGCCGCUGCACCACGCCCAGCACCACGCGCGGCUGCCGCACCACGCGCACCCGCAGCACCCCCAUCCCCAACACCCGCAACACCAGCAGCACCAGCCCCAACAUCCGCAGCAACGACAACCGGCGCCGCAGCAGCAGCAGGCGCAACCUCAGAUGCACCAGAAGGCGCUGCAGCAGCUUAUGGCGACGCUGCGCUCGCCGUCCAGUCACAACCAGCAACAGGAGAUACUACAGAUACUCAAGUCAAACCCCCCCUUGAUGGCGGCGUUCAUCAAGCAAAGGGCACAGAAUGCCCAGAACCAGCAGCAUGCGAAUGCCGGCGUCGGCGUGGGCGUGGGGAACGUGGGCGUCGCCAACGUGGGCAACGUGGGCGGCGUGGGCGUGGGCAACGUGAACGUCGGCCUCGGCGGCGGCGUUCCGCAGCAGCAGCCGCAGCUGCAGCACAUGAUGCAACCGCAGCAGCAGCAGAGGCUCCAACAGAUGCACCCCAUGCUACCUCAGCAGACUCAGGUGGGAGGAGUGUCUGGGGUCGGCAACGUGGGCGGCGUCGGCGGCGUGCCCGGCGUGGGCAUCGGCGGCAUCGGUGGCGUGAGUGGAAUGUCCGGCGUGAGCGGCGGCGGGCCCGGCGGCUGGUUCAAGCAAGGCGCGCCCGGCGUGGGCGGGGUGGGUGGGGUGGGCGUCGCGGGCGGCGGCAUGAUGGGCAUGCGUGGCGCGUACGCGAGCGGCGGCGCGCCCCCGCGGCUCGCGGCGCGCUACUUCGGCGGCGGCGGCGUGGGCGCGACGGGCGUGCUGCAGCGGUCGCCGCCCGCCACGCCCUCGCCGCGCCCGCCCACGCCCUCCGAGCUGCUGAUGAUGCGGCAGUCGCCGGCGCCGCCCGUGCCCCUCCCGCCGCCCGAGGACCAGCUGCCCGCCAUGACGCCGCAGGACCAGCUCACCAAGUUCGUCGAGCAGUUGUAGUGUAUAUAGCGCUAGCACGGCGCCGCUCUGUAAUAUAUAAGCUAUCGCGGCCCGCGCCUCGCCCUUCACCCCUCCCCCGUCUCCCCUCCCCCCAGCUCCGCUCGUCGCCCCUCCCCCAACUAUUUAUUGUCGACGGUAUCGUUAGCGACGCGAAGGACGUACUAGUAUUACGACGAAAGAAUCGAGCGCUCAAUGUACAAAAUGUAAAUAUGAAAAGAGUACAUCCUGUCCGCUUUUGCGUAAUGUAAGUUGUUCGUAGUGAUAGGUACAUUAUGAUACUUAUUCUGUUUAUUGUAAUUAAAUCAUUUUAUAAUAUAAUUAUGUGAUGAUUAUA